UCACUGCAUUAUGGGUGAAACUGCCACGGUGGCAGAAAGAAGCCAACAAUACAGAGCCUGAGAAAGAGUUCAUUAAUCUGCAUAGUCUAAGAGGGUGCACACGAGGGCGACGCCGUGGCGCAGUAGGUAGUGCCUCACAGCAAGAAGAUCACUGGUUCGAGCCACUGCUGGGUCAUUUGGCGUUUCUGUGUGGAGUUUGCAUGUUCUCCCUGUUUUCGCGUGGGUUUCCUCCGGGUGCUCCGGUUUCUCCCACAGUCCAGUACAGUAAAGGGAUGGAAGGAGAGUUUCACCAUCAUUUAGAUGAGAACAUUCGUCCAUACAUUGACUUGAUCGACACUCUGAGAUCAGUUGGCGUUCAGAAUGAUGUGUCAUUACCAACUAUUGUAGUGAUCGGAGACCAGAGUUCUGGAAAAAGCUCUGUGCUUGAAGCUCUUUCCGGAGUUGCACUGCCAAGAGGAAGUGGAAUUGUCACCAGAUGUCCUCUAGAGCUGAGGCUGAGGAAGGUUACAGGAGUAAAGUGGAAGGCUGUUUUAACUUACCGUUCUGUGAAAUCAAGGCCAGAUAAACAUGGUAACAAUGUGAAGAAAUUUGAAUUUGAAGAUUCUUCCAUUGUUGAAAAACACAUAACAGACGCCCAGAAUGAGCUUGCAGGAAAAGGGGUUGGGAUCUGUGAUGAGCUCAUCACUUUAGAGGUCAUGUCAAAAGAUGUGUGUGACCUCACACUGAUUGAUCUACCAGGAAUUGUUCGAGUCCCAGUAGCAGGACAACCAGAGGAUAUUGGAGAUCAGAUCAAAUGUCUGAUCAUGAAAUACAUUCAGAAACAUGAGACUAUAAACCUGGUAGUUGUCCCCUGUAAUAUCGACAUCGCAACAACAGAAGCACUAAAAAUGGCACAAAACGUAGACCCUGAGGGUAUCAGAACUGUUGCAAUUUUGACAAAGCCAGACCUCAUAGAUAAGGGAACAGAGAAAGGCAUUCUAAAAGUUGUCCACAACAAAGUGAUUCAUCUCCGCAAAGGUUACACCAUGGUGAAGUGCAGAGGACAACAGCAGAUCGAUGACAGAAUUCCAUUGGAGGAAGCGCUAGAAGAGGAGAAAGAGUUCUUCCAAAACCAUGACAUCUUUAGAUGUCUGUUGUCAGAGAAUAAAGCAACUAUUAAAUGUCUUGCCGUGAAAUUGACCAUAGAUCUUGUUGAUCACAUCAAAAAUUCACUGCCACGGCUUGAUGAGCAGGUCAAAAAACUGUUGUGGAAUGUGAGAAAUGAGCUCAAGGAAUGUGAAGGUGGAUCACCACAAGACCCCAAGGGGGCCAAAGAAUUCCUCAUUAAAACCAUAAAAAAGUUCAAUAGUAAUGUCACAUCCAUAUCAUCUGGAGAACUGAUGCUUGAGGAAAAUUUGUUGGCCGAGCUUCGGGGAGAAUUCAGGAAGUGGAACUAUACUCUUAACCAGAAAAAAUCACGCUUUAACAAUGUGAAAGAGCUGAUGAAGAAAAACAGAGGAAGAGAACUGCAUGGCUUCUUAAACUACAAACUGUUUGAAACAAUUCUGCAGGAUCAUGUGGCCCAACUUAAGGAGCCAGCAAUCGACUUACUUCAUAAAACAAACGGCAUCAUCAAUAAACAUCUAACUGACAUGGUCAGUCGUUGUUUCAGGAACUACCCUGUCCUUCAAAACAUUGCCAAGGACAAAGCUGAAAACAUUCAGUCAAGUCAACAGUACAAGACUGAGGAGAGGAUCUCAGAGCAGUUUGACAUGGAAAACGUAAUCUUCACUCAAGACCCACUUUUCUUGAAGACCUUGAAUGAGAUUACCAAUGAGAGAUAUUCAGAAGAGGAGUUACCCUUAAUUGACAAGAAUUGCAAAUACAGUCAAAUGCUUGAGACAUAUUACGAGAUUGUAGCACAACGGUUGACUGACCAGCUACCUUUGAUGAUCACUAAUUUCAUGCUGAAGCAGACUGCUGAGAUGCUGUCUAUUGAAAUGCUGAGUUUAGUGGAUGGGGCAAAUGUGAUUAAGCUCCUGUUUGAGGACACGGAGGUCAGCAGAAGGCGCACAGAACUACGAGCUUGCCUGGGACGCCUGACUGAUGCUCAGGAAGCACUUAACAAUUUUAUUUGAGGGAUAAGGAUAACUGCAUAACAUAUUAAAACUUCCAUUAACAACUUUUUCAGUAAUGUUGGUAAAAAACUUUUGAUUAUAUAUUUAGAUUUCAUUAAAAUAUCACCAGUUUUAUUUUUGAGAUCCACAAAAAAAUAUGUUACUUGAAAUGAUGUCAUAAUUGUAAUCUUUCUAAUAUAACUUCAGCAUAUUACAUUUAGAUUUUAUAUAUAUAUGUUGCUUGAUUUCUGCUUUUCAAGUUAUACUAUAUAUGUUAUAACUUUAAAAAGUAGGUUGUUUUAGCUUUGCAAGUGAAUUAAUCUGUAUUAAAUCAGUUCUGCUUCUGUUAGAAUACACAUCUUUAUUGUUUUCAUCUUGCUUAUUAUAAUAAGGUGGCAAUUU